UAUCCAGUGCCUGCAAAUGAAAAUAAUUCUUUCAUUUACACUUUCUCUUUGAAAUUCGAUUAUAUAGUUUUCUUCAUUCCAUGUUUUAUACAGCUCACAGUCAAUUUGUGCCUAAUUUCAUAUUAAGGUUCUCGCUAACAGCUUUAGUUCCUAAUCGUACCAAAGUAUGGACCUAUAAUGGGCUAAUAUACAGCUCAAUCUAAUAUCGUGUGCUGGAAACCAGUAGAAUAAAUCACGCCAGUGGCUGUCUCGUAGUAAAUAGGAUUUGUAUCGGAAGAUAAACUGGAAAAUCUGUUUCAUUCGGUGUCUGUGUAUCAUUCGAAUAUGGAGUCGAUAUUUUUGACAAUACGACGUUUUUCCUUCUGGAAAGCUGUGAAAUGUGAAUUUUUACUGACAAUGUUUUACGUGUUAGUUGGAUGCGCUUCCACAAUUCCUGGAGAUUCACAUUAUAAGCAGAAUGUCAACGACUUAAAAGUGGCUUUAGCUUUUGGAAUUACUUCCAUGACGCUAAUGCAGUGCUUCCUGCCAAUUUGUGGUCCUCCUCAAAUGAAUCCGGCCAUAACAAUAGCUAUGUUAUGCACUAGACGUGUUCAUGUUGUGACAUCGUUUAUCCAUAUUUUUGCUCAGUGUCUGGGUGGACUGGCAGGCGCGGGUAUUUUGUACGGUGUGACUCCUGCCAGAAAACAUGACAAUUUAGGAGUAACUAUGGUCCAUAAUGAUAUUGGUCGCGGUCAGGCUUUUGGUAUUGAGUUUAUAAUAACGUUUAUCAUGACGUUUGCUUAUUUUGCUGGCCAUGAUAACCCGGCUCUAUUUGGAGGAUUUCAGUCGGCACCUGUUGGUUUGUCUAUUAUGUUUGGUCAUACCUUUGGGUGGCAAUUUACCGGAGCAAGUAUGAACCCAGCUCGAUCUCUUGGACCAGCUAUAGUUUGUAACGAAUGGUCUGACCACUGGGUAUAUUGGAUAGGUCCUGUGCUGGGUUCUAUACUCGGCGGUAUAACCUAUGAAUACACAACUGGGGGCGGACCCGAGAUUAAAAACUUAAGGCGGAACAGUUCCCUCGGAACAAUGAUGAACACGGAAACUGUUCGUGGCAGUAAAGAAAGUGUUGAUAUGCCGACAGAAUUGACAUUCACUAUACCGGCCACACCCGAUCCUGAAAUAUGAAAAACGCUUAAAGAGGGAUACACUGUCGUUCUAUAAACCUUUAAAGGUGUUUUAAAGCAACAAUUUCCUAUAAUACUUUUAAAAUUUACCACCAAAGAUUUAUAUGUGGACAUGUAUCUAGAUAUUGGGUCAAUAUGGCAUCUGAUAAAUAACACAUAUCGCAUGUGUAUAGUGUCCAGCUAAGAUGCUUUAUUGGACCCAUGCCGUCUUAGCAAACGAGGCAUUUCAACCUAACCCAAUUCUGAGGAGCUUUUGUAUUUUCAGGCAAAAUCGGGUUACACCUAUCUUCUAAUGAGUUUUUGAUUAUAAAUAAUAUAAAGUGGGGCAUUGGUCAAAGAACAAUUAUAAUGUUAUGUUAGAUUAUUUGAUAGCGACAGGUGCUUGGGGCCGAGGGUGGGGUUGGGCAGUAUACCUCAGUUUUUGCGUGCCCAUUAUCGUGCAGGCCAAACGUUGCAAUCACUGUGUGUCGUUUGCUUAUGUAUGAAGACUGCUAUAGAACAAUCCGAGCGAAUUUGCAGUUAGAAGCUCACUGUGUAUACGCGAACUGAAGCGUAAUGUAAGUGGGGCUCGUUUAAGGCUUUGUCCCUUCUUAUAUUAAUUUCCCUGUUCAUAUAUAUAUAGCCAUGGGUUUUGAAUUUACUUAGUACACGCGAAAGGUUUCUCCGCUAGUAUACACAGUUUUAACCUUGAAUUUACAAAGUCAUCUUGUACACAUAAGCCCCACCCCCCCCCCCCACCUCCCGUUCAUAACCCAUUGUUAAUUCCCCGGUUAACGUCAGGCACAAGCCUAUUUGUCCCGAUUGUCAGUGUAUUGGGUUUUUUUUGUAGUGAUAUCAACACUCGCGUAUAUUUAGAAAAGGAAACCGCGGUCAUGGCUGAAUUUUGAGUUCACCGAGAUUUUCCGGCGUGGUUUUCUCUUGUCAGUGGUGCAGUACAAAGGGCCUGACAAAGACAAUUGUCUAGUCCUUCGGAUGGUACGAAAAACCGAGGUCCCGUCUACAUAUUGGCAUGCACGUAAAAGAUCCCUUGGCAGUUGGAAUUUGAUAUAAGAGUAGACCUUAACGUCGCUGUCCUAGCAAAAUGUCCCUGAUAUAAUACUGUAUGGCGUAUGUCCGUCUUCAUUAGCCCAGUCGGAGCAGAACAGUAAGACGUUAAACCCCAUUUCAUAUCUGAAUUUUGGCAUCAUUCCCUUAAGCGAACUUAUCCAAGAUGGUAUUGUUAAAUCAGCUCUCGAAAUCUGCUUCAAACAUUCAGUAAGCUACUUCAAAGAAUGUCACACUCAUUACAAUCCUGAAUGACAUUUACAGGCCAUAAAAAAAUAAUGAUAAAAUAUUUAUAGUAAAAAUAUUUUAUAAACAAUUUACCGAUAACUUAACUACAGUUUUAACUGCUUGUCAACUAGCUCUGGAAUUAUACAUUAUCUUCGAACAAAUUCAAUGGAAUAUUUGUCAAGCUUCAACAUGUAAUUGAUUUAUAAACAGUAUUAUGGAGCAAAAAAGGUGUCGAAAAUGUCAACAUCCGCUUCAUAUUGUUGUUAAAAGAAGAUUAGGAGGAUACAUUGUGUUCAUAUUGAUGUAUGAUGCGCCAAAAUCAAUAUCUAAAAUAAUAACUGAUUGUUGACAGAAUAAUGUGAUUUCUAUUUGAGGAUUAUUUAAAACAGUGUUUCAUAUUAUUUAUAUUAUAAAAAAAUCCUAACUUGUCCAAACGAAACAGCAUGAGACAAAAGUAUUGAUUGUGCAGAUUUGCAGCAUUCUACACAGUUCAGAAUGUCAAACAGCAUUUAUUUUACAUAUUAUAAACCGUUCAUUUUAAGAAAUAUUUGUGUUUUAUCUCUUCUAAGUCGCUAUUUUAUAUUUUACACCUUGGAAUACAAUAUUUAUUAAACAUACAUUAUGCAGGGGCUAAAUCUGUCUAUUGCAGGUCUUUCUUUAGGCCCGAAAUGUUAUCUAAAUUAUUAAUUAGACAUUAAUUAACCUAUCCAGACCAUAAUCAACUCUAGAUGGCAUCGCUAGCCUGCGAUCUUCAGUGGGUUGUGAGCCGAUUUACUGCAUAACUUUCCUUCACGAUUUAACGAUUAAAUGGAUAAUCGAGACUAUGCUGUUUAUCGUACUGACUUUAGUAAUGAUGAUCGAGGCUAAGCGGAAAUUUAAAUUGCUUAGUUCUCGGUUCAUAGUGGAUCAAUUUGAAUGAAAUUUUCAGCAAAUUAUCUAAUUUUUAACUAUUAUAGUGAGAACUGCCAACUCGUUAUCUAAUAUUCCAUAAUGUAUCUUUAAAUGAAUAUUAUAAUGACUUGUGUACACAUUUCUGAAUUCUACACAGUUCAAUUUAGAAUGUCAAAUAGGAUUACAAGUCGUUAAUUUAAGAAACCUGAGUGUUUUAUCCCUUUUUUCGUUGAUAUUCUAUAUUUUACACCUUCGCUAUUUAUUAAAUGUAUAUAAUGCCAUGUGCACGUUUCUGAAUUUUGUUUCUACCAACUCACGCGUUUGAAGUUUUCUACGCAGUUCAAUUUAGAACAUUAAACAACAUAAGCCAUCUAUUUUAAUAAAUGUGUGCGUUUUAGUCCUGAAAGACUAGCCAAAUAUUAUCUUAUUAUUAUCCAGUACUGACAGAAUUCUUCAAUUAUGUCAAUAUCAAUGAGUUAAUUCCUGUAAAAUGUGAAAACAUGUUACGAUAACCUGAAGCAUCUAUCGUAACGGUGAUAAAUGG